GUACUUGACCCGUGGUAUUUACACCGAUGCUGCAAGAAGUGUCUGUUCCAAUACGAAUUCCCAUUGGUUAGACAAGGAGAAAUUCAGGGCUUCAGGAUCUGCUAGCGAAUUUACAUUCGCCCGGUUCAUUGGGCUUCCAUUAUGGGAAGCUGGGAUUUCCUAACUCCGAGAACUCUGUCUUCUGUCCUGAUUCUGGAGGCUUCCGAGAAGCAAGCUGCCUCUGCAUCACGCCCCCUGCACGCUUCUUGGAAGGGCUCAUUGGUCUUACAAAACUGAAGGGCUUGAAUUAAAAGGCGGCCCGUUGGUCUGUUGGAACAUUCCCCGACAAUUAACUGAGCAGCUCCUCUGCCCACCCCAGGCUCUCAGAAGCUUGCCCGCGCGCCCACGUUCUCUGGUGUCCUAGCAACCGGAAACUCAUCUGAGCUCCAGCCGGGGCAGAGGCCAUUCUCUCCCUGACCGCUGUGACUUGCAGGCUCCCUGGGCCCCUGAGGACCUGUCCGUGCAGCUUGUGGGUCUACUGAAAGCCACCGUUUGUCCCCAUGGACGCCCAGAAGGCCAGCCCAGCCGGCCCCUAGCCUCGGCAGAAUGAGCUUCUCGCUCACGUUCUCGGAGCUGGUCAACGUCGCUAUCCCACAGUGCAGGGUGGUGAACUUCAAGGCCCUGCACCUCCUGCUCCAGGGUAUCCUGGAGCACAUCCACAUGGCUGACCUUGAGAAGGUCCUCUCGGGGGACGAGGACUUCCUUCACACCUCGCCAGCCAUGUUCGUGACCCGGGAAGGAGACUCCCAGCCCAUCCUUAACCCCAUGAAGAGGGUCGGCAAUGUCUUCGACCACCUGGUGAGCUCUGUGGACAAGAUGGAGAGCCAGCUGGCCAUGCUGCAGGAACUGCCCUCCACCUCCCAGCUGCUGGAGGCAAGCCAGGGCAUUGGCCAGCCCGCCCAGGACUUGUGGAACCUGAUAAAGCUCCGGAAGAUAGUGGAGGGCAACGAGGAAGCCAUGGCCAAGGUUGUCCAUUCUCAGAUUAAAAACCUAGAAAUGUACAAGGCAGACAAAAGUGUGAUGGAGCAGGAACUGAAAGAGAAAGCCGACAGGAGCUCCCUGGCAGGCAAGGCAAACCGGGCUGACCUGGACGCAGUGGCGAUGGAUCUGAAUGAGACGAUUCAGAGCAUGCUGUUCAGGGUUAUGGCCAAUGAGGAUGACUGGAAGAAGACUGUGGAGCAGCUGGACAAAGACCUAUGCACCAAGCUGGUUCCCAGUGAUUUGGACGAUCUGAAGAAAGACAUGGAUGAGGUCUGGAAAGUAGUCAGGAAGCUGCUGAUUGAAGGCUUCCGGUUCGACCCCGACAGUGCUGCCGGCUUUAGGAAGAAACUGUUUGAGCGGGUGAAAUGCAUCUUCUGUCACCGGCCUGUGGAGAUGAUGACCAGCCCGCAACUCAUCACCAUCUGCAGUGCCCGCCUGCUGUCGCGGCUGUGGCCGGCCAGUGCUAACAGCUACGAGUACCUGCAGUGGCAACAGGUGAGGGAACAGCAGCGGCUGCAGAAGCUCCAGAACCUUGCAGCCCUGGAGGGGAGCCUGGACUCGCUGGGCUCCCAACAGGACUGGGGUGACGACCCCAGAAAUGAUGCCAACAUUGAUUUCAAAUCAUGUAACUUGUCGACAAUCUACCCCUACGGGGACCCUGAGUUGUUGGACUAUGAUUCCAUGAGUCAGGUGGACAUCCUGGGAGUGGACGGGAUCCUGUACAAGGGCUGAAUGAACAGCAAGGACAGGGUGCGGCCUCUGACCGGCGCAGAGAAGAAGCUGGCAGGUGAGGAGCGUCAGGCCUUCGUGGGCACACCUGCCCUGUGUCCUGCCUUUGCUGGGCAUUGUGAGACCCACUGUGAUGCAGGUGGGGCCCAGAGCCAGCAACAUCCACCUGGGCCAGAGAAGAUCCCUCGAGUGGCCCCCACCUGGCACCCAGCACCAUGGCUGGGGCCUCCAGCCGUCCUGGGCUCCACCUUUACCCUUCAGCCAGGUUUCCUGGCCCAGGAGCCAUCCCUGGGGCCCAAGCCAGGUGUCUGUGCCCUGGGGUCCAGCCGGCUACAGAGCCAUCGGGCCAGCCUCUCUCCAGAAUAUUCCUGGAACACAUCAUGGGUCUCUCCUGCCCCCCCACAGCCGGCCCCCACGCACCAGCAUGGGCUCAGCUGCCUCAGGCCCCCAGCCGACAUGCCAGCUCAGCCUCCAUCUCUGCCUCCCCUGCCACUGCUGCCAUAGCUGAUGCCAUCCCUGAAGGAUCCCCAGCCGGCCCCAGGGCCUGCCGGGCACCCAAGGCCUCUGCGCCUCGAGUCCCGAGCCGGCAUGCAGUCCGCCAAGGAGCCCACCAAGCUGACUGUGUCCAAAUGAGUCCGAGCUCUUCCUGACCCAGGUGACCUACACCGCCUUGGGGGAUACUGGCCAAUGCAGCCCUGGCCCCACCCCCAUAUCACAGAUGAGUAUUUUUGUCAGCUUCUCCCCAGAAUAAAAUCUUUCACUUUUCUGACUGUGGAUAAGGGUGACUGGCCCCAUGCCCUCUGCGAGGGGAGGCCUUGCCUGUCCCACAUGGGUGGGUGGGCCUGCCAGUCCUUCCUCGGGCUACCAGCCCAGGGUCAGCCUCCCAGAACCACUGUCCAGAACCACCGUGGCUGAGUCUCAGCAGAGAAUCACAAUGAACCUCCCUCCCCCGUCACGCUGGUCGCCCUGUGGCAAAGCGCCCCGUGUGGCCCUGGUCCUGUGUGGUGGGCAGAUCACGGGCCUGUGGGAGGGGCAGUGGUGUGACUUGCCCAGGGUCACACAAUGAGGCCUUAGCUCUCUGGCCACCUGCCCAGAAGGCUGUACUUCUUGGGUGGGUGCUGUACACAGGUAUGAGGGGUCCAACUUCCAGGAAAAGGAGGUGUGGCCUGGGCUCAGGCAGACGGAGAGGUGGGGGCUCCUGGGGAUGCGCCCAUGCCAGGUGUGGUCAGGCUUGUCUCCUGCAGCCUUGACAUGUGUGGAACCACAGGCAUCCAAGCCCUGCUCUUUCAGCCCCUCGUAGCUGCCUUCCCAGCCCAUUUCUCAGAUUUACCAAUGGAAUCAGCGCUUGAGUGGGUUCCUGCAGCCCAGGGAGUGAGGAGCAAGACCCAGGUAGGUCACUGUGUAACCAUUUGCAUACUGACAGGCCUCCUGGGUGCUCUGAAAGGUAGGGAACCAUGAACCCAACUGCAGCCAGCCAGGAGCCAUCUUGAAGAUGACAGUUCUAUCCCCCGUGGGGUUGGUAGGGAAGCCAACCUUUGGGCUGAUCCCAGGUGGGAGGUUCAGGCAGGAUCUUUGCCAAGGACAAGGCUCGCCUGUUCUAGCCCUAGGGGUGGGACCUGCAGGUCUUGGCAGCUGGGAGGGAGGUACUGCACCUACUCCUGGGGCUGCUGGUCAGAAGGGUGGCCCACCCCAUCCCAGCAGGGGAAGGUGCCUGCGGAGCAGACAGAACCAGGGAUGCGGUCAGUAGAGUGGGAAUUUUUGGAGGCCGUGGGUCCAGCCUUCUCCUCUGCAGGGGGGACCACAUCUCCUGGCCUGGGACACAGUGGCAAGGCCAAGCUGGACAAGGAGUAGGGUGACCAACCAUCUCGGUCUGCCUGGGAUUGAAGGGGAUCCCUGGAACUUUCAGUUUGAAGACCGAGAAGGAAUUCCCUGGUGGUCCAGUGGAUAGGACUCUGGGCUUUCACUGCCAAGGGUCCAGGUUCGAUCCCUGGUCGGGGAACUAAGAUCCCGCAAGCCAUGUGGUGCAGCCACAACAAAACAAAACAAACACACAAAAGACUGAGAUGAAUCGGUCAUGUGGAGAGGGAAGCAUGUGGGCUGGCCUGGUAUAAGGGGCACGAAUGAGAUGCCUGCUGCCAAGCAGAGGGUCCUGCCUCGAGGUGCAGCGUGGUGAUUGCUCUGCACCCCCAAACCCAGCCGCACAACCCACCGAUGCAAGUAAAAGGGUCACUGAACAUUUUCUUCCUUUCAAAGACCACAAACUCAUUAACCCUAAGGUAUAAACAACUGACAACAGCAAACGUGUCCCAAACAAGAUGAUCUGCCUUGGUAAAAGGCACCACCAGUACCCAAAAGCAGGCCACCAGUAGGCACUGGAGGGAGGACAUUCUGUGCAGGGACUUCUUAGGGACACACAGGUCCCCCUGGCACCACCGUCUUGGCUGGCUUGACCCCUGACUUUCCACAGAUUUGGGAGCUCUAGGCAGAGACCCUCCACACACGCACACAACCUCCAGAGAGGGGCUUCUCUUCUCUCUCCCCUUUCUUCCUCUUGCUCAUGGCUUCCCCAGGAUCCAUAGAAAAUGAGCUUUCCAGUAUUUACACCUCAUAUUCCCCAGAAGAUGAGAAAUGGCCCCAGAAAGCAGAGCAGGACUCUGCCAACAGGCUCCCAGCACCUCGUGCUGUGCCACUGACAGGCCUCCAGGAAGUGGGCCCUCCCCUCCCCUCCCACGGAGGGGGCUGGAGUCAAAACCCUCAUCUGUCCUCAGAUGAGUCCUGCUAUAAAAAGCCCCUCAGAGACCUCCAGGGCCACAACGGCCCUGCCUGCUGCUGGGCUGGGGGGCCAGUCUCCGGAGCAGCGUGGUUUUCGGCAGCGGCCACAGUGUGUUCUGAGAGCCCUGGGGGCUCUCAGCGGCCCUAAGAGCAUCCACCCUCAUCCAAGGGAAUCUCAGAACAAGCCCUUCUCUUUAAAGCUCUGAUGGAGGAGCCCUGCCUGCCCACAGAAAGCAUUUCAGAGCCUCCAUUCACCCCCCAUCCCAGGUCCCCACCCCCCACCCUGCCACCCCACAGAGCAGGACAUUUACUUCCACAGAUGCUUCUGAUGAAGAGCAAAUCCCCUUCAGAGAUUCCAGCAGAUGCAAGACAGACGCUGGACACACACAUGUCCAUGGCGGCCAGAGGAGUGGCAGGCUGGCCAGGGACAGGCUGAGCUAUGUCCCCACCAUGGUGGUCAGCUUCAGCCAGUUGUUGCCUUAAGGGAACUUAGGCCAGAUAUUACAUAUUUUCCAAGGUAAGCCAGAAUUGAGGUUUUCUUGUAAACUCUCCUGAUUUUAAAGUGCUGGCUGACAAAUCAAGCCCAACAGCACACAUCAGAGGCCUGUGAAUCUGCAAACCCCUAAGACAGCCAUGCCCUGAUCAUUUAACAUCAGACCUGAAGGGCCCACCCACCGCUUGUCACCUGGGGAGGCCAGGCCUCCAUUCCCACCUGCUGCCAUGUCCCCUCUUCAGAAAUGAGAGCUCCAAUCACAUUCUUUCCAGCAACCUCAUGGAUGCAAAUGGUGUUUUCACAAUGGAGUCUUGGAAAGAGCGAUCUGGAGCUCAAGUCUAGUGGUGACAAAGCCCAGAGGCUGGACUUGUUUUUU